AGAAAGAAAGCGAAAAGCACUCUCUUUACUACGGCGGCCGUGAUGCGCAGGGGAGACUACUAUGAUGGCAGAUCCUUCAGUGGUGGACCACCUGACACGACUGAAACUCAAACUCCUAGAAAAGAGACUAAAAAAUGAACAGGAGAACCUGGAAAAGAUGGAGUCAUCUCUCCCAGCUGCAAGGAACAGACCUGAGGACAUGCUCCAAAGUGCCCUGAGGCGAAGGAAAGAUCUGCUGCAGGAGCUCAGGGAGCAGCACCUUCUGGAAGAGCUUUCACAGCCACCUGCACCAGCUGGAGGACAUUGUCAUAAUCACAGAGCUGUCCCCCCACAAGUCUACCAGAUCCCUUUUCCAGCUCCCCAAGUGGAGCCACCAAGGAUUAUCCAGCAGACAAUCCCACCUCAGCCUGCCACCAUCAUCCAGCAGCUGCCUCAGCCAUCCCCUGUGAUCACGCAGAUCCCCCCUGCCCAGCCCUUUGCAGCCCCCCACUCUGGAAGCAUUAAGGAAGAUAUGGUGGAGAUGAUGCUGAUGCAGAACGCUCAGAUGCACCAGAUCGUGAUGCAGAACAUGAUGCUGAAGGCUCUGCCGCCGGCGGCGUUCGCGCAGCGCACGGGACCCGGCUCUGCCCCGCUCCAGCACUCGCAGCAGGACCUGCAGCUUGCUGCUCCCCUGGCAGUGAAGGCAGAUCGUCCCAGGCCACCUGUGGUGCACCACCACCACCACUACCCUCCCCCAGGGGUGCUUCCAGUG